AGGAAGGUGGAAGUAGGAGCAGCAGCAGCAGCAGCAGCAGCCAAGAGCCAGCCUCCACCAUCACCACCUCGCUUGCCCACGGCUGAAUGAUGGGGAAGGGCCAGAUCCUCGCAGGACCCAGCGCUUUUCUCCUCCUGCUGUUCCUUCUUCCAGGGGACAAUGUGGAAUUGAUCACAGAUCCGGAGUACUUGGUGCUGGUGCCCUUCGUCAUGCAGGCGGAGACCACCGAGAAUAUUUGUGUCCAUUUGAGGAACGUGAAUGGGUCAGCAACGGUGCACAUCGGCCUGGAAGAGCGACCAGAGACUAAAAUCAGCCAUGUGGUGUCUGAGGCGAAUAUGUUCCAGUGCAUCCCAUUCCGGGUCCCCAAAUGGAGUAACUAUCCCGGUACCUCUGAGGCCUCCCUCGCCGUGACGGUGCAGGCGGGGAUGCUGGCACUAGACAACCGGGAAAAGGUGCUGAUCAGGACCUCAGACAGCCUGGUCUUCGUCCAGACGGACAAGCCCCUCUACAAACCAGGACAGAAAGUUCAGUUCCGCAUCAUCUCUGUGGACGAAGGUUUCCGACCCAUGAACGAGACGUUUCCUUUGGUUUACAUCCAGGACCCCAAGAGGUACCGCUUGCAGCAGUGGACCAACGUGGAGCAGAAAAUGGGCCUAGUCCAGCUCUCUUUUCCACUUUCCUCUGAGCCCCCGCAAGGCACCUACAAAGUGGUGGUGGAAAAAGCCUCCGGGAACAAGGUGGAACGUUCCUUUGAGGUGAAGGAAUACGUGCUGCCCAAGUACGAAGUUUUGGUGAAGGCACCCAAGGAGAUAACAUUUCAGGCUGAAGAACUAGAAGUGAACGUCUGUGGCCUGUACACGUAUGGGAAGCCUGUCGCUGGGCAGGUGAAGAUCCGUGUUUGCCAGAAAUAUAAUGCAGAGUUUACCCGUUUGUAUAGAGAGAGGUGUCACGGAGCAGCGUCACAAGGAAUAUGUGGAGAGUUCAGUGGAGAGGCAAAUGGGCAAGGCUGCCUCUCUCAGGUGGUGAAAAUGAAGGGUUUUCAUCUGAAUCCGGAUCGAUUUGAGAUGAGCCUCAAGGUGGAAGGCACGAUCGCAGAGGAAGGCACAGGGGUGGAAUUGACAGGCGAGGCUUCCAUCAGGAUCAUUAGGACUUUCAGCACAAUCACCUUUGAGAAGGUGGACUCUCACUACAAGUCUGGGAUCCCCUUUACUGGGCAGGUGAAGCUUAUGGAUGCUGCCAAAGUGCCAAUUGCCAAUGAAACAAUUCAGAUUAGUGAAUAUCAAACUGGAACCACCACCGACUACAUAACUGAUGACCAGGGACGAGCCCAGUUUUCCAUAGACACUGAUAACUUCACAGGUUCUCAACUCCAGAUCGAGGCAACUUGUAAACCAAACUCUGCAUGUGAACGGCACUUUAUCAAUUCCUAUCACCGGAGUGCAUUUCAUUCAGCCUGGCAUUUUUAUUCACCAAGCCAAAGCUACGUCCACAUUGAGCGUGUUCCUGGGCCCUUAAGCUGUGGUCAGACUCAGACGCUCCGGGUCCAUUAUAUUCUGAAUUCAACUGUCGUAAAAGAGCCGGAGGUGGUCUUUUACUAUUUGGUAAGCCUGGACAGAGUGGCCUUUCUUUGGUGGGUGGAAUUGACAGGCGAGGCUUCCAUCAGGAUCAUUAGGACUUUCAGCACAAUCACCUUUGAGAAGGUGGACUCUCACUACAAGUCUGGGAUCCCCUUUACUGGGCAGGUGAAGCUUAUGGAUGCUGCCAAAGUGCCAAUUGCCAAUGAAACAAUUCAGAUUAGUGAAUAUCAAACUGGAACCACCACCGACUACAUAACUGAUGACCAGGGACGAGCCCAGUUUUCCAUAGACACUGAUAACUUCACAGGUUCUCAACUCCAGAUCGAGGCAACUUGUAAACCAAACUCUGCAUGUGAACGGCACUUUAUCAAUUCCUAUCACCGGAGUGCAUUUCAUUCAGCCUGGCAUUUUUAUUCACCAAGCCAAAGCUACGUCCACAUUGAGCGUGUUCCUGGGCCCUUAAGCUGUGGUCAGACUCAGACGCUCCGGGUCCAUUAUAUUCUGAAUUCAACUGUCGUAAAAGAGCCGGAGGUGGUCUUUUACUAUUUGGUGAUGUCUAAGGGGAACACUGUCCGAUCAGGGACCCAUAUUCUGCCUGUGGAGCACAGAGAAGGUACCGCCAAAGGGGUGUUUUCUCUGGACCUCUCUGUUAACAUGGACUUUGCUCCGUUGGCUCGUUUGCUUCUCUACACGGUUUUGCCCAGUGAAGAAGUAGUGGCUCAUUCGGCAGAUUUCACCGUGGAGAACUGCUUUGCAAACAAGGUGAAUCUGCGGUUCUCUGAUGCUGAAGGCCUCCCUGCCAGCAAAACUCACGUCCAUCUUGCGGCCUCCAAAGGCUCCCUUUGUGCUGUCCAUGCUGUGGAUAAGAGUGUCUUUCUCUUGAAGCCUGAAGCUCAGAUAUCCCCUAAGACUGUUUAUGAUCUGCUCCCCGUGAAGAACCUCCGAGAUUACGUCUACAGGCAGGACGAUCUGGCUGAAACGAGAGUUGGUCCAUGUAUGGAUGGGAAAAAUAUGGUUGUGGGAGACAUCAGCGACAGACCUUUUAACUGGAAUGAAGCUGACGUCUAUGACAUUCUCAAGGACUUUGGCGUGACAAUUAUUAGCCGCACCCUGCGACGGAAGCCUUUCCUUUGCAGAGGACCGUUAAUUGAUACUAUCGACAUCAGGAGAAUGUCAGGAGCUCCAGACACUUUUGCACCACAAGCAGAAAGAACAGCCGAAAGAACAGGAAGACAGCAGGAGACUGUCAGGAGCUACUUUCCCGAGACGUGGCUGUGGAACACAUAUGUAGUGAACGACGAGUCCCAAGGCGAGAUUGACAUCCCCGUGACCAUUCCGGACACCAUCACCGAGUGGAAGGCGGGAGCUUUCUGCUUGUCCCCGGAUGUGGGAUUUGGCCUGGCCCAGACUGCCUCCCUCACGGCCUUCCAGCCAUUCUUCCUUGAUCUGACCUUGCCCUACUCUGUGGUGCGGGGCGAAGCGUUCACCCUGAAGGCCACUGUCUUCACUUACAUGCAGCGCUGCAUCAGGGUCAGUAUAUCGCUGGCUCCCUCUGCUGAGUUCGUGGCUACCCCUCUGGAGAAGGAGGAGGAGUCUUACUGCCUGUGUGCCGAUGAAAGGAAAACGGUCUCUUGGACAGUAACUCCCAAAUCUCUGGGGGAAAUAAACUUCACAGCAAGUGCUGAAGCCGUGAACUCUGAACAGCUCUGUGGAAACGAAAUAGUGGAGAUGCCUAGCGAAGGGCAGAAGAAGACUAUGAUCAAAUCUCUUUUGGUCGAGCAAGAAGGUGUUGAGAGGGACGUGGUCUUCAGCAACCUGCUAUGUGCAGCUGAGAAGUCAAAGUCAUCAGGACCUCUUUCUUUAAAGCUGCCAGACAAUGUGGUGGAGGGCUCAGCCAGGGCCUCCUUCUGUGUGCUGGGGGACCUCCUUGGAAUAGCUAUACAGAACCUCCACAAACUUCUUCGGAUGCCCUACGGCACUGGGGAGCAGAACUUGGCCCUCUUUGUCCCCAACAUCUACAUCCUGGAGUACCUGAAUAAGACUGAGCAGCUGACGGAAGAGGUCAAGACCAAGGCCAUCGGAUACUUAGUGGCUGGCUACCAGAGGCAACUGAAAUUCAAGGGCACUGAUGGCUCCUAUAGCACCUUUGGACAAUAUAACCCGGGCCCAGGAAACACCUGGCUGACGGCGUUUACGCUCAAGUCCUUUUCCCGAGCCAGACCCUACAUCUUUGUGGAUGAAAAACACAUCCAGGAUGCUCAGGCCGCUUUGGCUUACAGCCAGAAAGAGAAUGGCUGCUUCCAUGGCGUUGGGACCCUGGGGAACAACCGUAUGAAGGGUGGGGUGGAUGACGAGACCACUCUCACUGCCUACAUCACUGCUGCUUUCCUGGAGAGCGGCCUGCCUCUCAAUCAUCCCACCGUGCAUAAUGCUCUGUUCUGCCUGGAGAAGGCGGCUCAGGUGAAAGAGAUCCACGUUUACACCCUGGCCUUGCUGGCUUAUUCCUUUGCCCUGGCAGAGAAGGAGGAGCUGAGGCAGAAAAUGCUGCUGUUACUCCACCAGGAAGCUGUGCAAGAAGAGGAUGGCUCCCUUCACUGGAAGCGGCCUGGAAUGGAAGAUGUGAACCCAUACCAUCCAUACUUUCAUCGUCGGGCUCCGUCUGCGGAGGUGGAGAUGGCAGCCUACGUCCUUCUGAGUUACCUGACCAACCAGCCAGCGCCAUCCCAGGAAGUACUGGGGACAGCCACCCGCAUUGUCAAGUGGCUCAGCCGGCAACAGAACCCCACUGGGGGCUUCUCCUCCACUCAGGACACUGUGGUUGCCCUCCAGGCCCUCACCCUCUAUGGUUCCGUUACCUACUCCAAGAGCAGCACAGGCACAGAAGUGACCCUGAGCUCCACAGAGGGCACCCUGAGGCAGUUCCAGGUGGACAGCACCAACCGCCUGCUUCUCCAGUGCCAGGCUCUGCCCAGAGUGCCAGGGGACUACGACAGCAUGGCCACGGGGGAAGGCUGUGUCCACGUCCAGACCACUUUGAAAUACAACGUGCAGCCACACCAGGAAGAGGCACUAUUCAUGCUGGAGGUGAACACAGUUCCAGAGACCUGCACUGGACCCAAAGCCAACAGAACAUUUGAUGUUGCCAUCAAUGUCAGUUACACCGGCAGCCGACCUGCCUCCAAUAUGGCCAUCGUUGAUGUUAAGAUGCUCUCUGGAUUCGUCCCGGUGAAAUCAUCCGUAAAGCAGCUGGAAAGCCACAAUCUGGUCCGGCGCACAGAAGUGAGCACCAGUCAUGUCCUGCUUUAUUUGGAGAAGGUGACCAACAUGACCCAGAGCUACACCUUCACUGUGGAGCAGGACGUGCCUGUCCAGAACUUAAAGCCGGCUGUGAUAAGAGUCUAUGACUACUAUGAAACAGAUGAAGGUGCAGAUGCAAAGUACAUCGCCCCCUGCAAUACAGGGAGAUGCUUGAAGAUUGCUGGCCAUCGCUCCCCAGGUUUACUCUGCUGGCAUCUUUAA